AUGCAAAUUACUUCAACCCAAUUAUUGGAAUGGGUUAAGGAUGGAGAUAUAAAUAAACUAAAAAAAGAUUUUGAAGAAGAAUUAAAGUUUGCACAUAAAACAUUAUUGGAAUUUUUUAGUAUGGUUGAUGAUUAGAGUAGAAGUGUUGUAUAUUGGGGUGUAAAGUAUAUAAUCAAAUGA